UCCUUUUAAGGACUAGCUCCUUUUAAGGACGAUGAACGCAUGUGUGUUGGAGUAAUCCAGUUUACCCGACACGUUAAACUAAUGUUCAAAAUGUUAGCUUAGCUAGGAGUUUUAAGGAUCACAGUAGGUGUAAAUCCAGCGAGCUGCUUCCUCCCGGUGUGGUGAACUGAGAUGAACCGUGAGUUUGUCGGUGACUCGUCUGCAGUGAUCUCCUAACAGGCUAACACUGGGGACACACCCCGCUACAGACACUGACUCUUCCGACCUUUCCUCAUCAUUUCCAGCAUCCUGAACCCGGCGGUGAGCCUCUCUGUUGACAUUCUGCUGUUGGAGUUCCAUUAAAGCAAGAGGAGGUCUGAAAAUGGUCCAGUGCCAGCUAUGAGUCAAAGCAGUCCCUGCCUGUGGACUAGGCUCCCCCAGAGCAGCCGGUCCCCGUGUGACCGCUACAAGCACGCCUGCUGCAGCUAUGAUGGGAAUGUGUACAUCCUGGGAGGAAGAGGCAACAGCUGUCUGAGGGACUUCUGGAAGUACAGCGUAGUAUGUAACGAUUGGACAGAGUUGAACUGCAACGGUGAAGCUGCACCAGAAGAACUAGAGGAACAUGCUAUGGUGGCUCAUGAGGGCUUCCUGUACGUGUUUGGAGGCAUGUUGGAUUCUGCAUACACCACGUUGAGAUGUCCCCUCUGGGUGUUUGACUUUGCAAAACAGAAGUGGAUGCACUGCCAGGAGAAGACGAGCCCUCUUCAGACCCAAAUGCCGACCAACAGAAAAGCCCACAGUGCUGUGGUGGUCGGCUCUGCAAUGCUGGUGUACGGAGGCUUCGUAGACAUGAAAGGAUCCUCGCACGACUUCUGGAGUUUGGACUUCGAUACCAUGGCUUGGUCCCUGCUGAGUGGUUCUCAGCAGGGCUCAUUAGGCCCGGGCCCCAGACACAGUCACUCAGCCGUGGCCAACCAGAGCUGCAUGUACCUGUUUGGAGGUUUGAAAUGCUUGCGGGAGCAGAGGGACUUCUGGAAGUGGAAUUCCACCAGCCACACGUGGAGCUCCCUCAAAAACAGGUCCGGUCCCUCCAGGCUGAUGGGACACUCGGCUGUGGUCCACAAAGACAGUAUGCUUAUUUUUGGGGAGGUGAGAGCCAGAACUUUCCAAAGAACUGCCUGUGGAGGUACAACUUCACCACUCAGAGCUGGGGGCAGGUGGCCACACUCCCGGGCUCCAACCCCCCAGACAAGAUCCACCACUGCUGUGCUGGGCUGGGUCCCAGCUACAAGUCCAACACCGGCAGCCCUUGCUCCAGCUCAGGACUCCAACCGGGGCUGCUGGGAGGGAAACUGAGGCCAUUCAAGAACAAGUGCUUCCCUGCCCCACUCGAGUUUCUAGGAUCAGAGGGAGCUAUAGAGCUGGAGACGUUCAGCCCGGACAGAUGC